AUGGAAUCCACCAGCAACUCAUCCAUCUCCGGCGAUCGCAAAGCCAGCAAGAAGACCGUCGCCUCCUCUGCGACUGCGAAACCAAACGGGAAGUCCCCUGUUUCGUCUAGCAAUCCGAUGAACCCAAACACUGUUACCGCUCUGUCCUCCGCGCAUGCAAACCAAGUGAUGUUCUUCAGAGAUGUUUCACUCGGCCCACGCGAAGCCGAGUUGAGGAACAAAGCUCAGUUCUCGGUUGCUGAUCAUAUCGCCAUCGUCUCAUUCAGUUGGAAUUCUGAUUUAUCCGUUCUUGAGAACCCUCCGGUUCUUAUUCCAGAAGACAGGUUCAGGUUCCACAGCUUCGAGGAGUUUAUGGCCAACUGUGAUUCCAAGGGUGAUCUUUACGAUAAGUCAUAUUAUGUUGGCCACAUGAGGCUGGUGAAUGGGCAGACUCUCACUGACCAUACUGUUCUUGACGAAGUUGCCAUAGCUGAGAAGCGGCAUCUAUGUUUUCAUGUUCAGACACAUGACGGACCAGUGAUGAAGCUCUAUCUAUGGGAUAAUGCCACAUCUGAGUUCUGCCAGAAAUUUAAAUCAUAUGGAAGGACCCCACACGUUCUUUUGGUCACCACAAUGAACCCUAAGCAUCUUGGAGGAACCCUUUGUCUCACUUCUAUGUCAUCAUUUCGAGUGUUCAUGGAUGACGAUGUUCAGCCUAGCAAGGAUUACCUUGAAUGGUUGAGCUCCAACACAUGUAUUGCUAAUAGGAUUGCUGCUGAGGUAGUCACAAAGCCUGAGAAAGUGACUCUUGAGGAGCCAUUCCCCUACAUUAAGCAGGAAGCUUCUAAGGUUGCUUGGUUUGAAUGCACAACAACUAUAGAUGAUGUUGUCCAUGGUUCUUCUUGGUAUUACGUUUCCUGCGGUGGAUGUAAUAGUAAGACAGUUAAAGGCCCUACUUCUCUGAUGUGCAACAACAAGAAGUGUGAGAAGAAGGAAGUCACAUGCUUGCCUCAGUACCUCACGAAGAUUUCUGUUUAUGAUAAGAGUGAGCAAGCAGUUUUUGUCAUCUUUGGUAAUGCCGGCAAGGAGUUGACUGGGAAACAUGCAGCAGAAUUGGUUUCUAAUUUCUUUGAGUCUAAUGAGGGAGCAGGAGCUGACCAUUGCGUUCCGGUUCCGCAAGCUUUACUUGAUACAAUAGGACAGACAUGGAAGUUCAUCGUGAAAGUGUCGGACCAUAACUUGAAAGGCAAGACUCAGACCAUAACUGUCACAAAGAUACUCCCACCAGAAGCUCCACUUCCAGCAACAUCCGAUGAUAUUCCGACGACUAGGGGUGAUGGAUCUGCUCCUUCCAGCGGCUUUGGAGAUCAUGCGGGUGAUAGGGCUAGAAAAGCUGCUGAUAGUCUUGAGUCAGAUGAUGCCAAGCGUUCCAAGAGUGGCUAA